AUGUCGAUGUCGAUGCUUCCCAACGUGAACGCCACAGCCGGUGCUGCGGUAGAUGGCGCCCUGUUUAUCGAAGUGGCCCAGCGAUGGCCUAUCGCUGCCACUGCGGUGGUCGCAUGUGCUGUCGCUCUUUUGCUCCAGACAGUCCUGAAGAGCGAUCCCUGGGCGGAUAUCCCCAUGGUAGGAACAGAGUUUGGAGGAUCCGAAGCCAGGCGAAAGCAGUUUAUGAAUGGCGAGGCCAGGAACCUCUACCUCAACGGAUAUAGAAAGUUCAAAGAGAGAGCUUUCCGCAUCACCACCGCAAGGAAAUCGCCAAACAUUGUCGUCGCCCCGAAGUUCAUGAACGAGCUGAAGAGGCUUCCUGACGACGUCCUCAGCUUCAACCGGGCCAUCGAAGAGGUCAGCCUGAGACAAGGACUAUACAAUAAAGAGGCAACGCUGAUGGAUCCCUAG